AGUACAUAAAAUCAUCUGAUAAAUAUUGUAGACAGACACGUUGUACAGUAUAUUCCUAAGAAGAUUGUGAGCUUUUUGACUCCAGUAAGCCGCUUACUACAAGCUAGCAGAGCUGAGAUGGAUGGCGGUCUGAAGACGCCCUCUGAUAAGACAAGACAACGCCCAAAGGGGUCGGGAAGCACUAAUGGUCAGGUCAGCGACACACCUCAGCCAAAGAUAAACAUGCAGGAAGUUUUUCAGCGAGAGCGAACUGAGAGGGAUGGCAUUGUGAUCUGGAAAAGUCCUCUUACAGCACUCCAAUUCUUCAGUUUAGAAUGUAUGAUACUUUUGUCUACAGUGAUGAAAAGACUUUGGAGGAGGAAAGCAACUGUGCUACUUGUUCUUUUGGGAAUCCUUGCUAUCUAUGCUUUUUACUUAAUUGAGGGUCCACACCAAAAGUAUGUACAGAUAAUGGAAACCCACUUUUUGUGGUGGUCGUAUUGGGCCGGCCUGGGGAUCCUGUCUUCUGUAGGCCUAGGAACUGGCCUGCAUACAUUCCUCUUGUACUUGGGUCCUCAUAUAGCCACUGUUACGUUAGCUGCUUAUGAAUGUUCUUCCAUCGACUUUCCAGAGCCACCAUAUCCUUCCAAGAUCAUCUGUCCUACAGAUGUAGUGGCUGGAGACGGUCACAUCUCACUAUGGACAAUCAUGGGCAAGGUCCGCAUUGAGGCCAUCAUGUGGGGGGCAGGAACAGCCAUUGGAGAACUCCCUCCCUAUUUUAUGGCCAGGGCUGCCAGACUCUCUGGAUCACAUGAUGAUGACGAGUUUGAGGAAAUUGAAGAACUGUUACAGGAAAAGAAAGUCCAUCCUGAUGACAUGUCUUUCAUGGAAAGAGCAAAAUUAGGUGUACACAACUUGGUGCAGAAAGUUGGGUUCUUUGGAAUUCUUGCAUGUGCAUCAAUUCCAAAUCCCUUGUUUGACUUGGCAGGAAUAACUUGCGGCCAUUUUCUAGUGCCUUUCUGGACAUUUUUUGGAGCAACGUUAAUAGGAAAAGCUGUUAUUAAGAUGCAUAUACAGAAGUUAUUUGUUAUCUUCAUGUUUAGUGAACAUCACGUAGAAGAAGUUGUCAAUCUAAUAGGGUAUGUCCCAAAGUUUGGUAAAUCAUUACAGUCACCGUUUAAGGAUUAUUUAUCAUUACAACGGAAGAAACUUCACCAUACACAGGGGACGGAAAGUGCAAAUGAAUCAAAUCUACUAGGCUGGGUAUUUGAGAAGCUGAUUAUUGUGAUGGUGAUAUAUUUCGUCAUAUCUAUUGUCAACUCAACGGCACAGAGUUACCACAAGAGGAUGUGUAAAGAAAAACGCAAGCCGCGACCGACCUGAUCAAAGACCUGUUGCAACAAAUCACCCAGUACUAGGACCAGCAGUGGUACCAGGCAGCCUGAAUAGGGAUAACAUGGAUUCUGUAAAUUAUGUAAUAAUAAUGAAAUCUGGUCAUAAACAAGUGUUCCCGAGUGUUGAAAGUAUGGAAGAAUUUCAAGGAAACUCAGAUUGAUGUCCGUGUCCUGUUCGCAAUGAAAGGAUUUUAUUAAGAUUAAGUCUAGACAAAUUUGGAAAGAAAUUUUCACCUGGAUUUGCCAAAAAGUUAAGUUUUCAAAACAAAAAUCAUAUAUUUAGUUGGAAUUACAGUAACAUCCUUUAUAUAAUUAGGCAAAACCUUUUCGAUGUAUUUUGAAAGAUGUAAUUUUGGAAAUAAGUCUAAAAGUAAUGACAACAUGCCAGUUUCUGAGAGUUUAGAUAUUGGCUGGUGAUUGAACAUGGCCCUCUUUGCUCAGGUGUUGUGGGAGUGUGAGAGGAAGGAAGUAACUACCACUGUUUUGUAAAAUGGCUGUUGAUGUACAGGUUGUAAAAGGAUAUAUUGUUUACUCAGAAGACUUUUAUAUAGUGUAAGUAUUUAUUCUGAAAUUGUAGAAAAUACCUUGUGAAGGUAAGAAAUUCACAAGAAUUUUAUUUGAAGGACUUGAUAUAUUUAAUAAUUCACUAAACAUGAGAUGGUGUAUUCUGCAAAUUAUUGAAAUUUGACCUGACCUAUGGUGUAGUGGACACAUGUAACGGAGUUCACUUUUCCAAGUGCCUCCGCAAGGGGUCAAACCCAGGACUACAUAGUACAUCUGUACUAGUACUCUGCUCCACUAAUUGAGCUGAAAGGAAAAUUCCCUUUAACCAAAUCGGUAUUAAACAACAGCUAGAUAAUUCAUUAGUGAUUACUCCCCUCCAUGGAAAGAUCUUGUCUUCAAACUUAAGGAGAACAGCCAUACUCGUUAGAGUAAGGUUAGGGAAAUUAUUAUAAUAUAUAAACUUAUCUAUUUACAAAAACUAUGAAACAGGUUAUUUCAACUUACACUAAUCACUCUUAUUGGACCGGAUAAUAGCGCACUAGGCGUAUUAAUGUUGGAGGAAACCAGAGAAAACGCACGUGGUUGGGCAGGUAAACGCCUUACCUUUUACAUCGGAUCGAGGAAUCAAUACCCAGUCUCCUUAGUGAAAUGUGAAUGUGUUGUCAACUGUGCCACCCUACCACCCAUAAAUUAUUAUAAACAGUACCUAGAUCCCAAGGUGCCACUGUAAGAGAGGUCCCUUUUUUCUUAGUGUAUGUGCCACUCAGGGGGGUCAAACAUGGGAUUACAUAUAAUGAUUCUGGUGUUCUACCAAUUGAGGUAAAGUGCAAUUCCUCUAGCUGAGUCAGUAUCGAGCGACUAGUUUGUCACUGUGACACUAUAAUCGGUGUUACAAGGGUAUCAUUGAGUUAGUAUGUUAUACUAUACACAGGAGUGUUAUCAAUGUGAACUUUGUGAUAGUGCUGUCAUUGUCUCGCUGAAUCUGGUAUACAGCCAACAUUUCAUAUUUAUAUAAAACUGUGUUGUAGAGGAAGCUCUUGUUUGAUUACCACAAAGUGGGGAUGAUUUGUGUUUGUGUGGAGGUGUAUAAAUUGUUCUCUGUGUUCAGUAUCAACGAUCAAACCUUUUUUGAUCUCAGUGGUACGUCAUUCAUAAUUCUUAUUUUGCAUCACAUAUGUAAAUAUCAUACCGAUAAUUCAAUCCUGAAAUUAUUAUCUUGUCUUCAAGAUUAUUUCAUAUGAUACUCAUCUCCUUACAGGGAAUGUUGUGUUAUCCCUAUCUCUCUAACAAUUUACCUGAACUGAACAACUUUGUGUGUGGAGCCUCAUCCAGUUGUCCUGUAUAAACACACUUGAGCAUGUCAACACCUAUUUUCCUGUUUUGUUCAAGCAUUCAUGAUGGAAAUGAUAAUUUGUUUUAGGAUGAUGACGUACAAAUCUUAAAUAUUUAAUAUCAAAUACUUUCUUUAAUAGCAAUUUUUGGUCUACAAAAUUUAUUUCAAUAUGUUUUCACAUGUUUGUGGUUUUCUUGCGUUCUGAUUUAAGUUGCAGGAAAAAUGUCGAUAUAAUCACUGCAGGAAUAUUAGUUUAUCUACUGCAACCUCAAAAACUGAAAAUAUGCACAAUACAGGGCCGUUUUCGUUUAAACGAUCAAACCGGUCGGACCACAGAUAUUUGUUUAUUAAAUAAGGUCAGACCUAGUAAUCUGAUGCUGAUCUGAUGCGAGCCUUGACAAAUCCUUGCAAGGCCUGCAAAAACAUUUUCAGGUCCGCCAGGAAUUAUACCCGAAAUUGUUAAAUUUAUAAUCGGUCAAACCGGUUGUUCCGCAUAAACGAACAGGCCCCAAGUUUCAUUUUGGUAAAGCUUAGAUUGUCUCCCCUUGUCCAGAUGCUUUCAAUUAACUUACCGAUUGGCUUGUGUAUGUUAAUCAAUAACUUGUUAACAUGAUUCCUCUAAUAAGCGUCAUCAUUAUCAGCAUGUUAUACAAGUAAGAAUUUACAAUUAGUCAUGUAGAUUUUAAUGUUCCUAUUUGUUCGGGCCAUGUCAGUCUCUAUGUUAAUCUUGGACAGCUGUUUUCUCAGUACAUGGUUAAGCAUUAGUGCAAAUUAAGGUGUCCAUGACAAACAUUUAAUGUGGAGUCAUCACUUUACCUGGAGAUUAAGGUCUCUUUAGCACAUUCAUCUUUUAAAAGUAAUGUCGAGCUUAAAAUGAGAAUGACCAAGCAGUCUGUUUAUGUUUUAUAAGAAGAAUAGCAGCAAAAUGAAAUUUAUAAUGGUGUUAAUUAUUCAUCCAUUUUGUUAAAUCAAAAAUGUCUUCAAAAGAAUACAGUUUUAAAGAUGCCUUUUAGCUUAAAUAAAAUUAUGUAUUUAUAUUGCUUUUAAUUGAUUUUUAAAACUGUCAAGUUUAUAGUUAACAAAUUACACAUUUAGGGACCCUUGAUUAUGUUUUUUUGACAUUCCAUUUUGUCAUUCCUUAUGUAGCUGCAUGCCAUACAUAGAUAUUGCUGAAAGGUUUCCUGUUUUCUAUCUGUACCUGUCAUAUUUGUUAUUGUGUGCAUUGUGUAUAAUCAUGGCAUCAAAGUACAUGUAUUUAUAAAACUCACUGAAGAGUUUUCCUGAAUUCAGCUUGAAGUACGAACCUGAAACGAAGGAACGUGAUUGAGUUGAGAUCCUUUAUGAAGGAAUAUAACCAACUAUGUUUCCUGUUGUAUGAUUGUAUACACUGUUUCUAGAAACAAAGAUUGAUGUUUUAUACAUUAGACCCAUACAACUUUAUUAAAUUACACAGAUUGAUCACUUCAAUAUAAUUACCAGGGUAUUCACUACCUGGUUAUACAAAUGUAAUACCUUUAUUUCUGUAUCAUGAUAUUUGACUGUUGCAUAGCCAAGCUUUCAAUUUUCCAACUUUUUUGCGACCCCCAAUAACUUUCAGCUAAUUCUUAAUCUCCUCUUGAUUGAUUUUAACCAGUAAUUUUUCAAAUAUUUGUCUUAACCUGACCAAGUGUUGUUUAACUCAUUCACCCCUGAAGAUACAUCUGAACUCUUCCAAUUCAAAAGUUGGAAUAGUUCAUUAUGAAAUUUCAGGUGUGAAUGAGUUAAUCGAAAAUUGGCUACCAUGAUCUCAGAUUGUUAAAAGCGUGCGCAACUUCGAAUGAGCAAGACAGGCCCAAUAUGUUUCUUGUUAAUUAAAAAAAAAAAAACAGUUGAGUGUACAAGAUUGGAAGAACUUCAUACAAUAACAGUACUGUCUUCCUUAAUAAUAAUAUACAACAUUUAUAUAGCGCCCUAUAUAAUUUGUAAAGUUACGCUAAAGCGCUUUACAACACAUGGAUAAUAGAUUUAGUUAUAGUUGUUAAACAAAAAAGGAUUACAAUCACCAUAAUACAUUCAGCAAGAAGAUGCUAAUCCCAAUGAUCCCAAAAAUGAAUAAAUAAAGGGUGGUAUGUACACGGCUUCGGGAGCCAAGAGCCUAAAAUGCAGACGUGAAGAGGCGAGUUUUUAUGUCCUUCUUGAACUUCUCCAGUCCUCCUUUAGUGAAGCUAUUAUAAAAAAAUAUAUUUUAUUACAGUUGCUUACAAAAUACCGUAUUUAUUUGUUAAAUUCGUGACACAAUACACCUUUCUCAGUGCUAGUACAAUGGUGUUCACCUGGUGUAUGAUAUAGCUACCUAGUUCAUAGUGCAAUAAUGUUUAUUUAGACCUGUGAGAUUUACUAUAGUUAUUACUAUCUGUAUACAAAAUUAAUCAGCUAGUCUACCUCUUCAAGUUUAAAUUACAUAUCGACAUGACCUCACAGCCAGAUUAAAUAUCUGUCCCGCACUGUGUUCAAUACAGCUUUGUACCAUAGUACGGUUAAAGUCGAGGUUCAUAAAUACUAAUUUUUGAGGUAAUUACUAAACUGCUUCAUACAUGCACUAAUUUCUGCUGAUAGAUUGUUUUGCAAAAUUAAAAUAUGGCUUCUUGCACAUAUCUUGAUGCCAAAGCCAGGUGUCCCGCAUCAGGGUACACAUUGACUUCAGUUAUUUACACUAUUUAGGAUUUGCUACCCAAGCAAAAUACAUUAUUAAUUGAAUAAAAGUAAAAACUCAUUUUAAUAUAUAUUUUUUUCCAACAACUAAUUAGCUGCAAUAGGUUAAUAUUAUCACAUCUAUAUUUAACCCUUUCACCCCUAUGUUACUUGAGUAGACUCUACCAUGCAUUGAUCUGGAUGAGUCCAUUAUGGUCUAUAGUGGUGAAAGGGUUAAGUCCUUAAUGGAUUUGUAUAGGUAGGUACUGUGUACAGUGUAAUUAAAAAGUAUUUAUAAUUGAUUGCAUGCUAUCGGUUUUGUACAUUUUAUUAUGAUGAUGUUUGUGUGUGUGUAUGUUUUCCUUUUUUACUACAUUUUUUGAUACGUCUGAACAGUUGGUGGUAUUUCUUUCUUUUUCUCUCUUUUUCGCUCUUCCUCUCAUGGUAACAUCUGUAUAUAAAAUGCCUUUAUGUUGCAUAUUGAACAAACCACUAUUUUUCAUAAUCCAAGUUUGUAUAGAUUCGACAAUGUUUAUAGAAGUAUCGUACUACUUACAUAGAUACCAACUAAAAGGAAGCCAGCAUAAAUCUCGGAAGAUAUCCUUGUUAAAAAGUUAAAAAAACCCCAAAAAACAAGAGUAAAAUGCUGAAUCAUUCUUAAUGUGCAUUAUAAGUUUAGAUAGUUAUCUUAAAUGCAGAACUGCAAUCCAGAGUCACUUAAUUACCCCAGGUAUUGUUCACAUUUUACAAGCCACUUCAAAACUUUCAGUUAUCAGUUUAGCACUCGGGAGUGAAUGGGUAUUAAGUAUGUAUUAAUUGUAGUUGUUGUUUGCCUGGAGCCUACUUCAGACUGUUGUAGCACUACAGAGUAUGUAAUAAGUUAGUCAGUGGAAAUAUCUAUGCAGGGAUGACUGUGAUAAUAUUCUCUCUUCCCUUUUUCAUAUCUCAUUUACACAAAUUUCUUAAGAAAAUAGAAAAUUCACAAUACCAUUACUGCAAAAUGUACUUCAGUUUUCCAGUCUUGUUUUCCAAGAAAAUUGUUAUAGAGUAUUUGAAAUAUUUUUCUGAAAUUCUAAUUAUCUGUUAAAAUGUGUAAACAAAAUGUAUCUAAACCAUCAUGUAACUAUUGUUUUAAUAAAAGCAUUGAUGAUUUGAUACUAAUUUGAAAAAAUUGAGGGACCGUCGUGGCCAAGUGGUAAAGGCGUCUGACAUUCUGCUACCUCCACCACUGGGUCCUGGGUUCGAGACCGUCGUGGGGCAGUCGAUGGAUACUUGCUGUAGGUCAAUGGUUUUUCCCCAGGAAAUCUGGCUUUCCUCCGCCACCAAAUCUUUAAAUGACCAUAGCUGUUAAAAGGACAUAAAACACUAACAAACCAAAUUGAGAAAAUUGAAGAAUAAACUUGUUCUUUUCUUGGAGAAUCCGAAGCCGUCAUUGAUGUAUACUGUACAGUGUAUGAGAGUGUUUAGUGUAAUAUCAGCAUUAAUCACCAUGGUACCUUUGGAUAUUAUAUAUAGUAUACCUUCUAUAACCACACUGGUACUAAUACCUAACAGGAUGGGAGACAUGUAAUCGCUUUUUUCAAGUUUUACUUUUUUAGACGUAAAGCAUUGUAGCAAGUACUUUGUUUAAAUGUCAUUGUUGACCACUAGGAAAAUGAUUUGUGAUCAAACUGAUGGAUAAGUAUGUCUGAAACUUAAUUACCAAUUAAGAUUUCUUAGUAUUGAAAUAUCGCUGUUAAUCGAAUAAAUAAAUUCAAGUAAUGUUUGUUCCCCUACGAGACGCUUAUAAAAAGCAAAUGUAAUAGUAUCAUAACCGAACAGUAACUAUAUGAUUUCAAUUAGAGUGUUCAUAUCUGAAUAUUAUAUUUAAAAAAAAUCUUUCCAGUUUACAGAGGUUCAAAUAUAAGAUAUUUUAUAUAAAUAUAUGUGUAUUUUAUUCAAUGUGGUAUAUACCCUUUGAAUACAAGGUAUCUGGAACUUGGAAACAAGAUUGAAAGUAAAGAAGUCUUCUCAACCCUUUCACCCCUAUGUAACUUUAGUAAACUCUAUCAUGCAUUGAUCUGGUCGAGUCCAUUAUGGUCUACAGUGGUGAAAGGGUUAAUAGAGGUACAUUUUAUGGAUUGUGAGAUAAAAAGGACAGGAUUUAAAGAUUCAUGUUAUUUUGGAUAACACGCUACAACCAAAACAAUCAAUUUGUUUCUGACAUGUACUAUCAAAUUAAAACAAUUGUACUGCUCUAGUCGAAAUUUUUUGAAUCGCAAGGUAUACAUUUGUUUUUAAUGAAGGUGCUGGAUUUAAUUAGAUAUUGUUAAAAAUGAUUGUUUCUUAAAAGAUAACGUUUUGCUGCUUUAACUUCAAACAGAUCCUUCGUAAGUAAGCUGGCAUUAUUUUUUAUAUCAUGAAGAAGAAAUGAACAAUCAUGAUAAAAAAAAUUCAAUCAGAUCAUGUAUACAUAGUUGUGCUAAUGAGCAUUUGAGCUAACAGUUUUACAAAUGAUUUUUACAAUUACAUGCUAGGCCCUCUGAUAACAUAAUGUGUGAAACGUGCACUUGCUCAAGUAGAAAUAUUUUCUUGUACAUUCCCAGAGUGUUAUUCCGGAUUAGCAAAACCUAAAUACAUUGAAUAAUCAGGUCACUAGAAAAUCAUUUAUUUGUUGUAUAUGAUUUGAUGUUUGUUAUUUAUUUCAUACACUAAUACUUGAAAGUUUUGUGGAAAAAAAUGUUCAUCCCCGUUUACGAAUUGUUGAAUUCUGACCUGUAGGAUUAUGUUUGUAAUUUUUAUUUUGAGUGUAACUGUAAGAAGUACCGACGUUGAUAUUUGUCUAUAAAUAAACAUCUUUAUAAAAAUGGA